GAAAUGUCUCUGGUCUUAUGGAGCGAAUAUAAAGCCCGGUCCGGUAUUUCUGCCUACAUGUCAGAAUACUGGGCCCGCCGCUCAGCUGUUCUCCCCUGCAGGGCCUUACCUGUUCCUCGCUCCAGAGCUGCACAGUCUUCCCGCGCUUGCUUCUGUGACAGCCGGCCGUCUCCGGACAUUCCCUGCACUGUCUGCAGUCCACCUCCCUCCGGUCUCCGGUCAUCUGCACAGGUCAUCCCCCCUGCACUGUCUGCAGUCUCCGGUCAUCCCCUGCACUGUCCUGCAGUCUCCGGUCAUCCCUGCACUGUCUGCAGUCUCCGGUCAUCCCCUGCACUGUCUGCAGUCUCCGGUCAUUCCCUGCACACUGUCUGCAGUCUCCGGUCAUUCCCUGCACUGUCUGCAGUCUCCGGUCAUUCCCUGCACUGUCUGCAGUCUCCGGUCAUCGACUGCACUGUCUGCACUCCGGUGUCGACUGCACUGUCUGCAGUCUCCGGUCAUCGACUG